AAAAUGGAUUGGAAUCUACAUACUUCAACGGAUGAAAUCAAGAACUAAAGAAAAAAAUCGGAACCUUUUGGAACACUUCCGAGUUCACCUCGAAUCUCGUUUUCUGUCGUAAGACAAAAGCUCGUCGUCCUGUCAAUGGUGGGGACACUUUCGAUUCGCCUCGAGCGCCUUCAUGUAUAAUUUAAUUAGCCGCAUCCAACAAAAUCUGGCGUUAACGAGCAUUGGCAACCGGAAAUUUGAAACGGCUUCUUGAUUGAUUUUUUCUUCGAUCGAUUCAUAAGGAAAAGGAAAGCGUAUCUGAUUCCUUUCUUUCAUCCAUCUGUUAUCUUCUAUUUUGGUCGUCUUCGACUUUAUUGCUGGUAAUAUUUACUCAUACUAUGGAAGGUACAAUUCUUAGAAGGGUUAUUCCAUCAGAUAACAGUUGCCUCUUCAAUGCUGUUGGUUAUGUUAUGGACCACGACAAAGACAAGGCUACCGAGCUAAGACAGGUCAUAGCUGCAACAGUAGCUAGUGAUCCAACAAGGUAUUCUGAAGCGUUUCUUGGAAAGCCAAAUGAGGAGUACUGUGCUUGGAUUCUUGAUUCAGAGAAGUGGGGAGGUGCCAUUGAGCUUUCGAUACUAUCCGAAUAUUAUGGACGUGAAAUUGCAGCAUACGACAUCCAGACGACACGAUGUGAUUUGUAUGGUCAGGAAAAGAAGUAUUCAGAAAGGGUUCUGCUGAUAUAUGACGGACUCCACUAUGAUGCUUUAGUUAUGUCUCCAUUUGAGGGAGCUCCAGAAGAAUUUGAUCAGACCAUAUUUUCUGUGAAUAGAAACAGGAGCAUUGGGCCCAUUGAGGAGAGAGCUCUUCAUUUUGUAAAAGAGCAGCAAAGGAAACGGAGCUUCACCGACACCGCCAACUUCACUCUGCGCUGUGGGGUUUGCCAAAUUGGAGUCAUCGGCCAAACGGAGGCUGUAGAACACGCAAAAGCAACGGGUCAUGUCAACUUUCAGGAGUAUAGAUGACAUGAGGAAUGUUGGGAAAAAUAAUUGGCUGAUCGGUUUGAGCUUUAUCGACUCCGAUUGUUGAAGUACUGUGGCGUUCUGAUUGUUGUAAGCUUAUAGUACCUUUCGAAAUCUUGAUUGUCCAGGAAAGUGUCACAUUUACUGACCAGAAUGUUGUGUAUUAGAUUCAAUAAUCACAGAACAAAAUCCGGCUGUUUUCCCAAGUGACUGAGCUUUUCUAAUAGCAGUGAUGUUUCCUGAGUUA